AUGCUUGGGAAGCAAGAGCGCCUUUCUCCUGACUUGACCGUUGAGCAAGCCAAGCUUAGCGCGGGUACAACCAUCAGCGUGGCGUCCUUGGAAACAGUUCUUCGAAAUAGAGGAGACCAGGAUGAGGAGAGAGUUGACGGAUUUGAGAAUGAUUCAACUUCUUCAUCUGCAACUGCAGAUUCUUGCCUUUCUGGCUGUCUUCCUACUACUACGUGUGCUUCUGUGGCUGCUGCUUUUACUAUCGAAUUGGACCAUAUCGAGCCUAGCAGUAAGGAAGACGACGGGCUGGAGCCGAAAAGAGGAGCCCUGAAAGGGAUCGGCGGAGGAGUAGAGCUGAAGUGUUGUGAUUCUGAUGCUGCUGGUAGCAAGGAAAAGGAUGAGAGAGAGGAAGAUGCUGCUGUGGAAAAAGCACGCUCAUCACAGUUCGUUCAUAGUUUGGACGAGUGGCUGAGAGCUCUUGAGGCGUUGCAGUGGGCACUUCAAACUGAAACGGCUGGACCAGGACAGUCCACUGGGACAGGCGGAGGGGCAGCACAGCAAGCGGGAGAGGAAGAGGAGCAGGAAGAGGAAGAAGACGAGGAGUAUGCUGUGAAAUAUGCACGCUGGUUGAAGUCCGCUGAGGAGUUGGAGUGGCGGCAGAAAACGACUAGGAUGAUGCAGUGGGCACUCCGUUCUGCAUUCCCAAACGAUCAGGGUGGAGCGGGUCAGCCCACUGGGGCGAGCAGAGGGGCAACAGAGAAAGGCAGAGGCGAGGGCAGUGCAGAGCCACUUCAGCUGCUGUCUGAAGCGGAUAUGAUUCACUACUUGGACGUGAUGAGCGGGUGGAAUGAGGAUCUCUGCAAGUGCUGGUUUGACCGUGCAGUGAGCCAGCGAGCAUGGAGGGCACUUUCCAUCAAGAACCUGGAGGACUUUCGUUGCCACCUGCGAAAGCAGCAGCCUCGUUGCAUCCUCGCUGCAGAUCCCGACCAACAGCACUGGGCCCAUUACGAGUACUCCAAAGGGGCAGCGGUGAAGGCGUUACAAGAGGGGCGUAGAAUCCCGCCUGAGGAGCAGUUUGCAUGGAAGGCUGUGAGGGCGCCUGGCGUCUGUGCGGAAUCCAUGCUUCUCGAGUGGAUGGCUGAGCCUCGGCAUGUGCUCUCGGGCGGGCUGGAGAAGGCGCAUGCUGAGGGGAGGGGGGGAGCUGGGGAGACGCAUGGGGAGGGGAAGGGCAGUUGGGAGGCGUCAUUUAGGAAAGACAAUGGGAGACGGAGAGAGGAAGAGGCAGGCAACAAGGUGGCUAGGAGGUGCCUGCUGCAUCGAUUGAAGCAGAUGAGGGGUGUGGAUGCAGAAGCAGGAGCAGCUGUAGGAGGAUCGCCGCCUGCUACUGCUACUGCAAGCAUUGAUAUGAAUAGAAAACUCGUGCCUCUGGAGAGAAGCAACGAUCCUCUGGUGUGGGAGGAAUGGCCUGCGGGCGACGAAGAUGCAGUGAAGUUUCCUGUAAACCGGAAGGAGAGGUGUUUUGGGCUUGGGAUUGUGGAGGAGCGUGGUGAAGCAGCCGGAAAGCUGACUGAGCACCCUUCGCAGCACACAUCCGAAGCAGGAAGGGGCAGCAGGCGUGCAAAGGAAGAAGGAUCUAAUGGAGAAGGCCAAGGAAGCCAGGAAGGCGAAUGGAGCAUUGCGCGUGGGAUAGCUGAAGCGGGAGGGGGCAGCAGGAGUGCAAGGAGGAAAGUCACGAAGGCAAUAGAGAAAGGAGCUUGGGAGGAAGUCAUAAAGAGCAGAGCGCGUGAAAGAGCCGAAGCAUCUCGGAAUGACGAGGUGAGAGUAACGCUACCACCCCCAAGAAGAAAGCUUCCCAUCGUUCGCUGCCAGGCAGAUGUGGACUUUCUGUUGGGGUUCGCCGGGUAUGCGAUGGACCCUCCCGCAUGCACCCACUGCCGCACCUGUGCCUCCGAGUACAAGCAUCAUGUGUGCACCGUUGCUCUCAUCGCCAACUUCGCCUACCGCCCCGUCAGCCAUCUGUUCUCCCGUGUGCUGUCGGUCUUCCCGCCGUCCUCCCCUGGCUUUGACGAGGUCGUUGCGUGCUUGGACCUUCCGGCUCGCCUCCCCAGGCCCUUGAACCUGCAUAUGCUGCUCAGGCGCGCCGAGCAGGUGCCUCUGUACGUUCUGAUUCACAUGGCAGCGAGCUUCGCUCAUUAUCUUUUGGGGACUGACGAGAUCAAGAAUGGGAGCAGUGGGAGAGGGCACGUGGAGCAGUGCAAGGUGCAAGGCCGCUGGGAUGGUGAGGCGGAUCAGGAGAACGGUGGAGAGGUGUGGGAGGAGGAGCAGCGUGGGUCUGCCAAGGGUAGCAACAGUACUGCCAGCAGCAGCAGUUUUUGGAGGGAUGGCAGCAGCAGCUUCAGCAAGCGGAUUGGCAAGCAGCGAGGGGAGCCAGCGUAUGUGAAGGCAUGGCCGGGGGGAGUCAAUCUGGUGGCGUGUCUGCGAGAGAUGCUGCUGGGGGAGCCGUGCUACCGCCCUGCCUCCGCCGCUGCCCCUUCCAUCCCUGCUGCUGUGAGCAUCCAUGCUGCUGCUGAUGCUCCAGACGUGCAACGCCGUGUGUGUAGUACGGGGUGUGGGAGGGUGGAGGGUGGUGGUGUGAAGCUGAAGAGCUGUGGUGGGUGUGGCAAGGUGGCGUAUUGCAGCAGAGAGUGCCAAAAGGCGCACUGGCCCUCCCACAAGCUCACAUGCCCCGGCAGGAGCAAUGGGAAGAGGAGUGGGAAGAACAGUAGCAAGGUGGGUGGGUGGGAAUGGGAGUGGCAAUGUGGGCGGCAAUGUGAGUGA